UCCCUGUGUCUGUCUGCUCGCUUCCUGUGUCUGUCUGCUCACUCCCUGUGUCUGCUCGCUCCCUGUGUCUGCUUGCUCCCUGUGUCUGUCUGCGCGCUCCCUGUGUCUGUCUGCUCACUCACUGUCUGCUUGCUCCCUGUGUCUGUCUGCUCACUCCCUGUGUCUGUCUGCUCACUCCCUGUGUCUGUCUGCUCACUCACUGUCUGCUUGCUCCAUGUGUCUGUCUGCUCACUCCCUGUCUGCUCACUCCCUGUGUCAGUCUGCUCGCUCCAAGUGUCUAUUUGCUCGCUCCCUGUGUCGGUCUGCUCGCUCCCUGUGUCUGUUUUGCUCGCUCCCUGUGUCUGUCUGCUCGCUCCCUGUGUCUAUUUGCUCGCUCCCUGUGUCUGUCUGCUCGCUCCCUGUGUCUGCUUGCUCCCUGUGUCUGUCUGCUCACUCCCUGUGUCUGCUUGCUCCCUGUAUCUGUCUGCACACUCCCUGUGUCUGCUCGCUCCCUGUGUCUGUCUGCUCACUCCCUGUGUCUGUCUGCUCACUCCCUGUGUCUGUCUGCUCACUCACUGUCUGCUAGCUCCAUGUGUCUGUCUGCUCGCUCCCUGUGUCUGUCUGCUCACUCACUGUCUGCUUGCUCCCUGUGUCUGUCUGCUCGCUCCCUGUGUCUGUCUGCUCGCUCCCUGUGUCUGUCUGCUCACUCCCUGUGUCUGCUCGCUCCCUGUGUCUGUCUGCUCGCUCCCUGUGUCUGCUUGCUCCCUGUGUCUGUCUGCGCGCUCCCUGUGUCUGUCUGCUCACUCACUGUCUGCUUGCUCCCUGUGUCUGUCUGCUCACUCCCUGUGUCUGUCUGCUCACUCCCUGUGUCUGUCUGCUCACUCACUGUCUGCUUGCUCCAUGUGUCUGUCUGCUCACUCCCUGUCUGCUCACUCCCUGUGUCAGUCUGCUCGCUCCAAGUGUCUAUUUGCUCGCUCCCUGUGUCUGUCUGCUCGCUCCCUGUGUCUAUUUGCUCGCUCCCUGUGUCUGUCUGCUCGCUCCCUGUGUCUGCUUGCUCCCUGUGUCUGUCUGCUCGCUCCCUGUGUCUGCUUGCUCCCUGUGUCUGUCUGCUCACUCCCUGUGUCUGCUCGCUCCCUGUGUCUGUCUGCUCGCUCCCUGUGUCUGUCUGCUCACUCACUGUCUGCUUGCUCCCUGUGUCUGUCUGCUCACUCCCUGUGUCUGUCUGCUCACUCACUGUCUGCUUGCUCCCUGUGUCUGCUCCCUCCCUGUGUCUGCUUGCUCCCUGUGUCUGUCUGCUCCCUCCCUGUGUCUGUCUGCUCACUCCCUGUGUCUGUCUGCUCACUCACUGUCUGCUCACUCCCUGUGUCUGUCUGCUCACUCCCUGUGUCUGUCUGCUCACUCACUGUCUGCUCACUCCCUGUGUCUGUCUGCUCACUCACUGUCUGCUCCCUCCCUGUGUCUGUCUGCUCACUCACUGUCUGCUUGCUCCCUGUGUCUGUCUGCUCACUCCCUGUGUCUGUCUGUUCACUCCCUGUGUCUGUCUGUUCGCUCCCUGUGUCUGUCUGUUCGCACCCUGUGUCUCAAAGCAUCAGAGGCAGAAUUCCCCGCUCUUCAGACUCCUGGAAAACUGGAAAGAUUAUGGCUUCAGCAUCAUCACAAUGUGUGAUACAGUGAACACCAGCUCACCAUGGCAACUUGGCCCCAAGCUGAGUACCAGGGCCCUGAAGCCAAAUUCACCACUGCCAUUCUGGAUUCGAAGACCUGGGCUUGAGGUCACAGCGCCUCCCUGCUGGCCCGUGAACAGGCUUCGUUGGGGCACCUGGCUCUGAUUAAUACCCCCAUCUCACCUCACCCCACCCCCCAUCUCAG